CGGAAGUCGAAUUCCUUGACUCGCCGCGAGUCGCGACUGUCAUGAUGGCUGAUGAAGAGCCCCAGAAGAAAAUUAAAUUGGUGGUGAAAACAGCGAAGGAAAAGAAGACUGUGACAACGAAUGCUUCGUCAACGAUCAAAGAGUUGAAAGAGGAAGUAGCCAAGGAGUUUGCUGUUCCCGUGGAACAGCUGUGCCUCAUUUUUGCAGGCAAGAUCUUGAAGGAUCACGAGAACCUCUCCGCACACAACAUUACUGAUGGACUCACAGUGCAUCUGGUUGUACGCUCUUCAUCAUCUAGCUCAAACAGGGAAAGUAGCGGCACUGCACCUCAGGCGCCCAACCAGGCUGGAAACCCAUCGGGCAUACCUCCCAACCCUUUCGCCGGUGGCCUUCCCGGGCUGUCGGGACUUGGUUUUACAGCUGGAAAUGAGACAUUCGCUGAGAUGCAGCAACGCAUGCAGCAGGAGCUCAUGAGCAACCCAGACUUGCUGCGGCAGCUGAUGGACAACCCCUUUGUUCAGUCUUUGAUGUCGAACCCAGACUACAUGCACCAGAUCAUUGUGGCAAAUCCACAAAUGCAGCAGAUAAUGGAGAGGAAUCCUGAGCUUAGCCACAUGCUGAACAACCCAGACCUGCUAAGACAAACAAUGGAAAUGAUGAGGAAUCCAGCCAUGCUCCAGGAGCUGAUGAGAACUCAAGAUCGUGCUCUCAGCAAUCUAGAGAGCAUACCUGGUGGCUACAACGCCCUUAGGCGGAUGUACACAGAGCUCCAGGAACCCAUGAUGAGUGCUGCCCAAGACCAGUUUGGUGGAAACCCUUUUGCCUCGCUUCUAAGCGGGAAUACUGCGGCCCAGCAGUCGACCAAUGCUCCCACAAACAGAGGAACAGAGAACAGGGACCCCCUUCCAAACCCUUGGGCCCCAACCUCGGGGACGGGCAGCGAAGGGGGGACUGACCCACCACCUUCCACGGGAACGGUUCCGCCACCUCAGGUUCCGCCGGCGUUGGGUGGUCUCGGUCGGGCCGGCAUGUUUGGCACCCCAGGCAUGCAGAGUGUCAUGCAGCAGUUAGCGAACGACCCAGCUCUUGUGCAGAACAUGAUGAGUGCUCCCUACGUCCAGUCCAUGCUCCAGUCCAUGGCAAGCAACCCUGACAUGGCUAAUCAGAUAAUGUCUGCAAACCCGCUGCUUGCUGGCAAUCCCGGCCUGCAGGACCAGAUGCGGCAGAUGAUGCCCCAGUUUAUGCAGCAGCUGCAGAACCCCGAAGUGCGCAGCCUCAUUACCAACCCACAAGCUCUUCAGGCCAUGAUGCAGAUUCAGCAAGGGAUGGUGCAACUUCAAAGGGUUGCCCCAGGGUUGCUCGGAGCGACAGGAACGCUGCCAGGCACUAUCCCACCGGCGCCAUCUACAGGAAUAGGCACUGGAGGAACGACAGGGACCACUGCUACCGCAACUCCUGGACAAGGGACGACUGCAGCGCAGAACACGGCGACCACAGACACCACAACUGGAACAAGACCAAACACAGCAGACGCUAGUGACCCAUUCAGCCAAUUAAUGGCACGCAUGAUUAGUUCGAUGGCAGCACAACAGGCUGGUGCUAAUCAACCACCGGAAGAGCGGUAUAGAUCGCAGUUGGAACAAUUGGUGUCUAUGGGUUUUGUUAACAGAGAAGCCAACAUUCAAGCCUUGAUAGCAACAUUUGGUGAUGUCAACGCCGCAGUGGAGAGGCUGCUGCAGUCGCAGUGAUAGGACGUGGGUUUCCGAGACACCUUGCACAGACUGAGUGGGAUUUUAUGUGCAGUUUGUAUACAUAUAUAAAUACUGUUAUCACAAUGUGGCCAGUGUGCGUAGCUGAGAUGUGCACCUCUCAUCUUGAGGACGCCUGCAGGAAGAGGGUUGGCACACAAUUCACCAAAUAACGAAAGCUGUUUUUUGCCUGCAGGAUUUUGACGGAAUCUCUGGCAGAUGAACUUGUGUUCUAAUCUUCUUGCGGUAUUUUUCCACGUACAUCUAGCUGAUUGUAGGAGCGUGUCUGUUCCCCCCUUCCCUCUCAUUUGGAGCAUGUGUGUCAUUUUUGAGUGUGGAUGGUUCGUGCGAAGAAUUAACUCUCUGUGGACAUGCCUUAUUAGUGGAAAAGUUGCAUCUGGCGUGAAUUGUAGUGGUCGUGAUUGGUGCUACCUUGUUUCAGACUUGAAAGAAUUGAUUUUUUUCGGCAAGUUUAGACGCGUGCUAUACUAUUCACAAAGGUAGGGACUAAGGGAAAGUAUUAACUGGUCGUUCUCUAUACAGAAAGUGUUUUGUUUUGCAAAUAAAGCAUCAGACUGAUGA